AUGAAUCUUGUGUACAUUCUUCCUUGGCAUAAAGGAGGCCAAGCGGAGGAGUGUUACGGCUUUCCGAUGAACCAUAACUCUAUGAGUGCGGGACCUAUUUCUCAGUCAAAUGUUAUGGGGAACGGCCAUUUUCGAGGACAGCCUUUAAGCCAUUCGAAUCAGAUGCAGAUUCCGAACCAUGCCGUACCAGAAGGGUAUGUUUUUCUGCCACAGGUUUUACUCUCUUAA